CUCCUUUCUCUGUUAUUCACCUGCUCCUCCAUCUCACUCCCUUUCUUUUGAACUGUUAAGUUCCUACUCAUUCUCCCCCAAAAUUACUGAGCUUGAUAUGGUUAUUCGGAUUGGUGUAGUGAAAUUUGAAAUUUCAGUUGGUUUGGAGAUUGGGCAUCUUAAUUCAGUUUUUUCUCCCUUUCUUCUUUUCAAUUAAUUCUCCGAACUCUGGACCUUCCAAACAUGAGUUGAAUUCUUGCAUUUGUAGAGUUUCCAAAGGAGGGGUUAUGCAUGGCAACUGAAGCCUUCCCCUUCUUUCGAUAUCUUCGCCACUCUAUCGAUCAAUCGAAAACCAGGCAAGUGUAUGCCUACAUCCUCAAAUGUGGCAUUUCCACCACUACUUACCCUGCCACAAAUCCCCUCCCUCUCUAUGAAAACCAUCACUCUUUCACGAACACUGGUCGUGCCAUUAAUUCGGUACCUGAAUCCAGUUUCCAGUCCUUUUAUACUCUAUUCAAUGAAUUCACAAAUCACAAUCAAUUUGGUCAGGUGAUUCGCCUCUCGUCUCAGAUGCUCUCUCAAGGUUUUUUGCUUGAUAGACAUGUAUUGCCUAGUGUCAUCAAGGCAUGUGCUGGGUUAUCUUUCUUGAAAACUGCGAAGCAGGUUUACUGCAUGGCAUCUGUAUCUGGGUUUGGUUCAGAUUCGCGUGUCUUAUCCUCUUUGGUUCACAUGUAUAUCAAAUGCAACAGGCUAAAGGAUGCUCACAAGGUGUUUGAUAAGCUGUCUCAACCAGAUGUUGUUGCUUACAGUGCUUUGCUUGCGGGUUAUGCACGCAAGGGCUGUAUAGGAGAGACAAUGGAGUUGUUUUCUAAAAGGGGAGAUUUAGGAGUGGAGCUGAAUUUGAUAUCAUGGAAUGGGAUGAUUGCAGGUUUUAAUCAUAGCCGACACCAUUUGGAUGCAGUUAUUAUAUUCCAAAAUAUGCAUUGUGAAGAAUUUAAGCCUGAUGGGACUAGUAUUUCUAGCGUGCUAUCAGCAGUAGGUGACUUGAAAAUGUUGGACAUGGGGUUUCAGAUUCAUGGUUAUGUGAUUAAGCAAGGUUUAUGUCAGGACAAGUGCGUGGUCAGUGCGCUCAUUGAUAUGUAUGGGAAGUUUGCCUGCACAAUGAAGAUGUCAGAAGUGUUUGAUGAGAUGUAUCAUAUGGAUGUAGGUGCUUGUAAUGCUUUAGUUACAGGGCUCUCACGAAAUGGUCUAGUUGACAAAGCCUUGCAGGUGUUUAGACGAUUCAAGGAUCAAGGGAUGGAACUGAAUGUUGUUUCAUGGACGUCAAUUAUUGCUAGUUGCUCCCAGAAUGGGAAGGAUAUUGAGGCUUUGGAACUUUUUAGAGAAAUGCAGGUUGUGGGGGUAAAGCCAAAUGCUGUAACAAUUCCAUGCUUGCUUCCCGCUUGUGGAAAUAUUGCAGCAUUAAUGCAUGGGAAGGCAGCACAUUGUUUUUCUCUUAAAAGUGGAAUUUCCAGUAAUGUUUAUGUGGGAAGUGCACUGGUUGACAUGUAUGCCAAGUGUGGAAGAAUACAUAUCUCUAGUCUAUGUUUUGAUAUUAUGCCCACUAGAAACUUGGUUUCUUGGAAUGCACUAAUGGCUGGCUAUGCAAUGCAUGGGAAAACUAAGGAAGCUAUUUCCAUCUUUCAACGCAUGCAAAGGAGUGGGCAAAAACCUGAUUUUGUUAGCUUCAUUUCAGUAUUAUCUGCAUGCAGCCAAGGCGGUAAAACAAAUGAAGGUUGGAGUUAUUUCAAUAGCAUGUCCAAUGAUUAUGGUAUUGAAGCUAGAUUGGAGCAUUAUGCUUGCAUGGUGAAUCUUCUGGGUCGUGCUGGAAGGCUGCAAGAGGCAUAUAGCAUGAUCAAGCAAAUGCCUUUUGAACCUGAUGCUUGUGUUUGGGGUGCAUUGCUUAGUUCAUGCAGAGUACACAAUAAUGUUAGUUUAGGUGAGAUUGCUGCAAAGAAACUCUUUGAGUUAGAACCGAGAAACCCUGGUAACUACAUUCUUCUAUCAAAUAUUUAUGCUUCUAAGGGAAUGUGGGCUGAAGUAGAUAUGUUAAGGGAUAAGAUGAAGAGUAGAGGUUUGAGGAAGAACCCUGGCUGUAGUUGGAUUGAGAUCAAGAGCCAAGUGCAUAUGCUCCUUGCUGGUGACAGCUCACAUCCACAAAUGACCCUAAUUAUUCAAAAGUUGGCUGAAUUGAGCUUGGAAAUGAGAAAAUCAGGGUGCUUUCCAGAGACUGACUUUGUAUUGCAAAAUGUGGAUGAACAAGACAAGGAGCAGAUCUUAUGUGGUCACAGUGAGAAACUGGCUGUAGUGCUAGGGCUUCUUAACACUAGUGCAGGGUCUCGGCUUCAAGUUAUUAAGAACCUUAGGAUCUGUGGUGACUGUCAUGCUGUUAUAAAAUUCAUUUCCAGCUUUGAACAGAGAGAGAUUUUUGUCCGAGACACGAACCGGUUUCAUCAUUUUAAAGACGGGGCUUGUUCUUGUGGAGAUUAUUGGUGAAUAUAUAAAUGUUUUGCUGGGAAUACAAUUGAUUUAACUUCACAAUGACCUCCACCUACAUGACCACGUUCAUGACUUCCUCCGUGAUCACUGUCUCUUUUUAUAUCUUCUUUACUCUGAUGAUGUCAGAGAUAUUAAGGAGUUUUAAGAGUCAAAUGUUGGGAUGCCUCAUCCUACUGAUGACCAAAUUGAAGAAGCAGCUGCUUUAGAUAUAAGUAUUGAGCUUAAAAGUAUCAACCUGAAAGAUCUUUAGGUAUCCCAAUUCGCUAAUCCUGGUAAGUUGACAUUAUGUCACUUGGAUAUUCAUCAAUCAGAAUGUUUAUAAAUGUCAAAGUUAGAUUUUGUAUCUGUUUCUAAGAGUCAUUUAAUCGGCACACAUUUUUUUGGCGUUCUUUUUAUUAGUUGGAUUUGAAAAAGUUUUGUCCUUCUUCAUGAAUGAACAUACUACUGAAAUAAUGAAGUAUAAUGCAUAUCCAAGAUCAAAAAACGCAUGGCAGUUAUCCUGCAUGCAGCAUGCCAGUGUGUAUCCAGUUAGACUAAAGCAAAAAUAAGAAGGCUAAAGAUGAAAUCGUACAUCUCCUUCAGCAUUGCACUAAAUGAACUGGCCUUUCUUAGAAUUAACUCCUAUACUUGUAGAACUAGGAAUAAACCUGAUAUUACAUGAAACACUCCAAACAAUUAGAAUUGCUUGUCCAAUCAAACUAUCUCAUACUUUUCCUUCCCUCUUCCUCUUUUUCUGGAGCUUCUAGUAAACAGCGUCUUUUCUGGAAAAGGAGGGACAUUCUCAACCACCACUGGAAGUAAAAGCUACAAGUUGUGCAGUUAGAGUUUAUGAGAAUUACAAACUUGUAUAGUUACAAUUUUAUGUUAAACAAUAUGGAUGUAAUUAGCGCAAUCAUUUAUCUUUGAAUUUUUAUGUGAAUUUGCUGUUACAUGUAAAUAUGGAUUUUGAAUCACGAUACUCCAGAAGUGAAUUAAGUUGGUAAUGGCGACUAUAGUUUUUUUUUUGAGGAAUGGAGACACUAGUUUUUUGAGGAUUCACAGGAUUCCCUCAGCAUUUACUCCUUGUGAUGCCUUCAUUACUAUCACCAAGUAGUUGUCUUUUGCUACCAUGUUGAACAAAAUUAUUUCUUGCAGCUUUCUGAAUAAACUGUGCAGUAGAAGGCAGAAACGAAAUAUGAACCGCUUCCUAAUGAGGAGGCAUGGUUAGGUAAUUACAACUUUAGUUCACUGUCCUUAGGUGUUAUCUGCUAUGGGUCUGCCCUAGUGUCCUGUAAUGUUUAUGUAGAUCAAUUUGUUCGCAUGUAUGGCAACAGAACAGGAGUUGUUAAAGCAAAAGAAAGUCAUUGAAAUUUUCUGUUUAUGGUGGCAAGCAAACGAGGAGAAUUCUGUGGCUAGGGGAAAAGCAGAUAAGACCUCCAGAAAGAAUUA